AUGACCAAACGAGACCUGCCCAAUGGCUUGCAGACGGCGGCCAAGCGGCGACGCACGCAGAACGAACAGGAGGGCGGGUUCGACGACGACAUUGACGAAGAACAACGGACGUACAACAACGAGAUUCGAGAACACGACCAGCAACACGGGUCCCAGGUGAUUCCCCGACCCAGUCUCGACAUGUGCGCAAAGACGGGCUACCGACCGGGCAGCAUUCUCCAGAUUUACAUGAAAAACGUCAUGUCCUACGACGAGUGUCUCGUCAACUUUGGACCCACUCUCAACUUUGUGAUUGGCCCUAAUGGCUCUGGUAAGAGUACCAUGCUCGCUGCCAUUUGUCUGGCGUUCGCCGCCCCCAUCACGUGCAUGGGCAAGGCGGCUCUUAAAGCGCAGCAGCUCAUCAAAUCGACCAAGGACGCGCUGGAGGUGCGGGUCGUGGUCAAGAACUUUGCAGGCAUGCCGGACCUCACGUUCAAACGAACGCUGACACGCGAUGAGAAGCUGGGCAGGUUCUUCAUCAAUGGCAAGUCGGCUACAAUGAAGGAGGUUCGUGCUACCGCUCGAGAGCUCGACAUUCAGAUCGUGUCCAUGACCCGUUUCCUGCCCCAGGAUCGAGUCAAGGACUUCACCACCAUGAGCCCCAAAGAGCUGCUUAUCACCACCAUGGAGGAUGUCGGGUACCAAAACAUGCGCAGCCACUACGACUCGCUGGUAAACCAGCAGGAACACAGUGCUGGCGAUGAACACAGACUGCAGCUGGCCACAAAUGCACUUGCGGAUCUGGACCGACGAAGAAACGAUCUCACUGACAAAAUCGCCCAGCUGGAGGAGCGCGAGAAGCAGGAAGAGAUGGUCAAGAAGCUGGAAAAGGUGGCUGUUUACAGUAAAGGAAUUUUCCUCAAACAGGAGACUGAGCGUAUCAAGGCCGAGGUGGCACAGUUGAAUGCCGCGAGCAAAGAUCUGGCUGAGGAGAGAGAGACUCUGAGCAAGAAGAUGAGCUCGUACCAACAAGUUAUCAAGACAUCCGAAAAUGACAUGUCUCAAAAGGAGGAAAAGGCCAAACAGUACUGGCGCAAGUACCGAGAGCUCCGUAACAAGGAUAAGGAGAUUGCGGGCAAGAUGGCCAAGCACGAAGGAGACUUUGAGGCUGCGCAGCGCCGUCUCGACAAGCACGAAGAGGGAACCAAGGUGCUGCAGGACAAAGUCCAGGAGGACCAGUCGAAAUACACUGCAAUGUGCAGGGAGUUGGACGACCCCGCCUUUCAGGAGAAGAAGGAGGAUCUCAAGGCCAAACUGGCUGAGUUCGAUAAGGACUACAGCGAGACCAAACAGGUGGUGCGUGACUUGGAAGCCAAAGGACGGAACGAAUCAGACAAGGCUGAUCAGGUUCACUCUGCAUUGGAGUCCGAGAGGCGUGUAAACAACCGGUUUGUGCCUGUGCAGCGGAUCAACAUGAACCUGAUCCAAAAGGUCAAACAGAUCGCUCCUCCGGACCAGUUCAGGUACACGCUCCCUGCCAUCAACACGGUUCGUCUUAAACAAAACAACGUCGAUGACCAGAGAAUGGUGAAUGCCGUGGUCAGGGCCACUGCCCAGCACUUUGUGGCUCGUGAUUCCAGUUCUGCCGCCCAGAUUAUGCGUGUUGAAGAUAGAAUUACUGUUCGAGAAAUAUCCAAGCCGUUUGAGGAGGCGUCUCGUAAUGUGCCUGUCGACCGGGUACGGCUUCGAGGGUACGGUUUUGACGGCUACAUUUUGGACCUUAUUGAAGGUCCUGAUCAUAACCUGGCUCAUCUUUGCGAGGCAGCCAAGAUCCACGCUGUUCCUUACAGUCGACAGGGACUUACUCCCGAGCAAAUCUCGAAGUUGCCUCCGUCCCUCAACAGAUUCAUCUCCAAGAACAUGCUGUACACCAUCAAGCAGUCCCGGUACGGACAGCGGUACACCUCUACCAAGUCCGAGCCGAUCGACACCUAUCCUCCCAAAAAGGAUUCUCAGAUCAUCUACGAGAAGGUGCCUGAUCGGUCCCAAGAGCAGGAACUACAGGAGCAGUAUGAUGAACUUGUGCAGCGACUCAGACCCUUGAAGGAGGAAGUCAAGAUUGCUAAAAGUUUGCUUCAGGACAAGGCUCACUUGAAAACUGAGACUGUAGACAAGCUGCGUCAAUACCGGACCAGGGAAGGUAAGAAGGAUAUUCUGGCCAAGAACCUGCAUACUGCCAAGGUCAAGCUCAAGGAGCACGUCGAAAACCCUCCAGCGGGCAUUGAGGAGGUCAAGGCUCUUAUUGAAAAGAAACGAAACGAGACCCGCGACGAGAUUGCUGCCAAUAUGCUUGAUCGAGUCAAGGUGAUCAAGAAGCUGGGCCAGCUCAUUCCUGACGCUCAGAAGGACGCCAUUGCGCUUGCCCGAGCAAAUGUGUUGGUUGCUAGUCUCAGAUCCCGAUACGCCGAGGUGGAGGCGGAGCGUGCCCAGUUCAAAGAAAAGUUCCAGCGUCUCAAGGACCGAUACAAAGCUGCCAAGGCUGAAUACGAGGCGUUCAUGGCGAACAAGGAGGAGGUGGAGCCCGAGUACGUGUUGUUUUUCGAAGAGCUCAAGGCGCAGUACGAUGGCCCGGAUCUCCAGGCGCAUGUGGAUGCCCAGAUUGAUGUUCUUCGCCAGGAGCUGACGUUUGCCAAUGUCGAUAUGGAUGCUCGAAACAAGUACGAAGAGGUGAUCCGACAGGCCCAGCGCACCAAGCAGGAGGUGGUCUAUCUCACCAACAAACGAGACAAUGCCGCUGAGGAGAUGCAGAAGAUCAUCGACGUGUUUGUGCCCGAGCUUGAGAGAAUCGUCAAUAUUGUUUCUUCACGGUUUGCCGAGCUUCUCAAAAAGAAAGAAAAGGCUUCUGGUUUGGUUGUUUUGAGAACCGCCAAGGAGAAGGCCAACCCUAACGAUCCUGGUCCCGAGGAGCCUCUCCCGUUUUCCCAAUGGGGUAUUGAGAUUAUGGUCAGUUUCCGAGAGGGAGGCAACAAGUGUAAGCUCGAUGGAACAACCCAGUCUGGAGGAGAGCGGUCCAUUUCGAUCGGAACUUAUCUUUUGGCGCUACAGGGGGUGGCUCCUGUGGCUUUCCGGGCUCUGGACGAGAUCAAUCAGGCACUGGAUGCCAAGAACGAGGUGAUUAUGAACCAGCAUGUUGCCGACACGGCUGCGGACUUUGACCAGCAGCUAUUUUUGCUAUCGCCCAAGCUCAUUCACUUCAAUUACCCCAAGAAGAUGCGAAUUCUGACAAUUUGCAACGGUUCCGGUGUCGCAACCAAGGGAGCCACUGGAGGUUCCUUCUUGGCUCUCAAGCAUCUCCAGCAGGUGUUUUCGGAAUAG